CUAUUUGGCAUAUACCCUCGUAAAACCCCAAAUGAAUUUUCUUCCUCGCAGCUGCUCUUCAUCUCCUUCCUCGUUCUGAUUGCCUCCUCCUCCUAAAACCCUAACUGCCUUCCUCCAGCAUAACAACCAUCUUCUAGUUGUGUCGCCACCUCUAGACGGCGGCUCCUCUGCAAGCACCACUCUUCUCUCAGCUCUCUGCUUCUGCUAUCCUCGUUAAUUAUCUACAAGUAUUUUGAGCACAACCAAUUUUCGCAUUAGCUGAAGAAUUACGAUGGGUCGAUUUCGCCAUAGGAAAAGAAAGAUAGUUGUUAAACCAAAUGUGAAGAACCAACAGCUGCCAACUGUUGAUCAAAUUACUGGGAAGAAGAUACCCCAAAGUUUCGUUUUCUCGAGAACUAAGCUUCCUCCUGUCUUACGACAACUCGAAAUGGAUUUGAGGAAAUUGAUGCUUCCUUACACUGCUCUUAAGCUCAAGGAAAAGAAGAGGAACAGUCUCAAGGAUUUUUUGAAUGUUGCCGGGCCUAUGGGUGUAACUCAUUUCCUUAUAUUAUCAAAAACCAACGUUGGACCAUAUUUGAGAGUUGCGAAGACCCCACAGGGUCCAACUCUUACAUUUAAGAUCCAUGAAUACUCAUUGGCUGUUGACGUUGCUCGAUCUCAAUUACGACCUCGAUGUCCUCAAGAUCUGUUCAAAAAUUCUCCACUGCUUGUUCUGUCUGGUUUUGGCACCGGCGAGGAGCAUUUGACUUUGAUAACUAGAAUGUUUCAACACAUGUUUCCAUCUAUUGAUGUUAACACAGUCAAACUUGCUUUGUGUCAGAGAAUAGUGUUGGUUCACUACAACAAAGAAAGUAAGCGCAUAGACUUUCGGCAUUAUUCUAUAAGAUUACAACCUGUUGGUGUAUCCCGUAGACUCAGAAAGUUUGUGCAGAACCACCAGGUUCCUGAUUUAAGGAAUCUGCAGGAUGUUAGUGAUUUUGUAACAAGGGCUGGUUAUGGAUCUGAAAGUGAAGCCGAUGAUGAAGCUGCAACUGUUAGCCUUGUGAGUGAUCUUGGUAGAGUCAACCGUGCAUCUACUAAAAGUGCUGUCAAGCUUCAAGAGAUUGGACCAAGGAUGACUCUUGAACUGAUCAAAAUUGAGGAUGGAAUGUGUUCUGGUCAAAUGCUGUUCAGUAAUGAUGGAAAAUGUGGUGGUAAGAGGACUCAAGAGGAUGAAAAUGAUGAGGAAGAAGAGGAAGAUAGCCAAGAAGAAGAAGAAGAAGAAGACGAUGAAAAAGAAGAAGGUGACGAGGAAGAAUAGUUUGCUGGUAACCCUCACCGAGUUUCAGAGGAAGCUCGAGAACCUGUGUUCAACUCAAGAAGAUAAUGGGCUUGUAAUUUGGAAAGUGGGUAUUGUAAUUUUGUCAGCUGCUAAAUUUUGCAUGUUGUUGAGAGGAAUUCGGUAUGUACUGUUUUAGGAAGUAAAACUGAACAGUUGCAGAAAAUUUUGCGAAUGAUCUUUUGCCUCUGUUUUUUGCUGCUACAGAGUACUACAGAGUAUGUCGUAGGAGUUGUAAAAGAACGAAAGGGGUUAAGUCUUAAAGUCUAGUUUUGUGUAGAAUCAUCUUCAUUUUCAACAAAAUAUUUCCAUUCUUCA